AUGGCUGCUAAUCCUUGGGACCCAGCUUCGGCUCCAAAUGCUGCCGGACUACUGCUGGGCCGUUUUGUAGCUUCAGGACUGGUCACUCAGGAGAUAUUAGAUAUAUCAAAGAAAUCAACUCCUUGCUUUGUGAACUUCUCCAGGUUACAGCAGAUCACAAAUAUGCAAGCUGAAAUCUACCAGAACAACUUGGAAAUUGAAGUCUUAAAACUAGAAAAAGAUACAGCAGAUGUUGUUCAUCCUUUCUUUUUAGCUCAGAAAUGUCAUACUCUACAAAGCAUGAAUAAUCAUUUGGAAGCUGUGCUGAAAGAGAAGAGGUCCCUCAGGCAGAGACUGAUGAAACCCAUAUGCCAGGAAAACUUGCCUAUUGAAGCAGUUUAUCACAGAUGCAUGGUACAGUUAUUGGAGUUGGCAGUGAAUUUCAUUGAGAAAUUAGAAGCUCAUCUUGAAACAAUUAGAAACAUUCCUCAGUUAGAUGAAAAUCUAAAGAAUAUAAACAAGGCUUUGGCAAAGAUGGAUAUUUUGGUAACUGAGACAGAAGAACUAGCAGAGAACAUACUCAAGUGGCGAGAACAACAAAGGGAAGUUUCAUCUUGUGUCCCUAAAAUAUUAGCUGAAGAGAAUGAUCUUCGUAAACAUGACGUUGUAAUGCCUCCUUAACGUUUUAAUUCUAAAGUUCAUGUCCAAACUAUUAAUGCUAAAUAA